GAAUCUCAGACCGUUGGCUUAGCUGAAGAUACCAAGACACUGAAAAGGUUGAUCCUUCCUUGCAACGGAUCGUUACAACUCAUUGCCAUUGUGGGGAUGGGAGGUGUGGGCAAAACCACACUUACCCAAAAGAUUUACAACGAUAGAGAAGUGUGUUCACGCUUUCACGUGAGAAUUUGGGUUUGUAAAUCAACUUUUGGUGAGCUUGAGAUCAUGAAGAGUAUUCUGGAGCAACUCCAAAUGGAUGAUCACAGGUCAGAUAGAAAUGUGUUGUUGAAGAGAAUUCAUGAAGCACUUUCGAACAAAAAGUACUUAAUUGUCAUGGAUGAUGUCUGGAGCAUUGAUGACGGGUGGUGGAAACGGAUCCUAGAUGGACUUCCCAAGAAGAAGAGCAGCUGCAUCAUUGUUACAUCUAGAAAUGAAGAUGUUGUUAAGAGAAUGGGAGUCGAGGAAGAACAAAUUCAUCGACCCAAGUUGCUUUCUGAGAAAGAGGGGUGGUUGUUAUUUUGCAAGUUUGCGUUUGCGACAUCCAGAGGAAAAUGCGAGGAUAUUGAAGUAGAACAUGUUGGACAAGACAUUCUGAAGAAAUGUUGUGGUCUUCCCAUUGCAAUCAAGACAAUUGGAGGUCUGUUGUCAUCGAAAUAUCAGUCAUAUUCCGUGUGGAAGAAGGUAUAUGAAGAUUUGCCUCAUAUAUUGGCAGAUGAAAGCAAGAGCCAUGAUUCUUUAAUGGCUACGUUGCAACUAAGUUAUGAUGAGCUUCCACUUCAGCAAAAGCAAUGUAUUCUAUGUUUUGCAAUUUAUCCGGAGGAUUAUGAGAUCGACGUUGAUCAACUGGCAAAUUGGUGGAUAGGAGAAGGAUUCAUUCACAAGAAAGGGACAAAAACUCCAAGAAAAAUGGCUCUUGAAUGUUUAUCAGAAUUGAUAAGUCGAUGCCUCGUUGAAGCUGUGAGUAAAAGAAACUAUGACGGGAGAGUUUACAGUUGCAAGAUGCAUGACAUGAUUCGAGAAAUGAUAAUUAGAGUUGCAAGAGAAGAGAGCUUUUGUAGUUUAGAUGAGAAUAAUACAAACAUAGCCACAAUCCACUCUCGCCGUUUGGGUGUCACAAAUGAAACAUUGCUGCAACCUUUGGAUGGAAACUCAAAGUUAAGGGCACUUCUUCUCACCAAAGCCAAUUACAUUGGCUUCACUAAGAAGAUUGCAUUGGCUCAAGUCAAGUCUCUCCGGGUUUUAGACCUCUCACACCUUAAGUUUGACGAGAGUUCCCAAUUUUGUGAAGUUGAUAUGUGGCGUUGGAUCACAUCUUUGAAACGCCUAACCUAUUUGAGUUUUCGAGACGUGGCAAAUUUGACCAAACUGCCACGAUCCAUCAAGAAGCUAUGGGGCCUCCAAAUUUUGGUACUUGGUGAAUGCAUCAACUUAAAACAGCUCCCUAGAUCAAUCACCCUUCUUCCAAAGCUGGUUGUCUUGGAUGUGGGGAAUUGUACCUCUCUUUCUUAUCUACCACGCGGACUCUCCAAACUCGUCCAUCUUCAAGAAUUGUAUGGCUUCAAGAUACCUAAUGCUAGGGUAUCAAAUGCAUGUCACUUGCGUGACCUAAAGGAUCUUAGAGACCUUCGAGUAUUGGAAUUGGAUGUCAUGGAAGGAAGCAUGAUAGAGGAAGAUGAACUAACAGUACUCGCACAGUUUCAAUAUCUAAGGAUGCUAAUUGUCAAUGCUGGUGACCGUGACGAUGAUAGUUUCUUAGAGAGGCUGGAGAAGUUGUCACCACCCAAGACUCUAGAAGAAUUGUACCUAAGGCAAUUCUGUGGACAUACUACACCAGCAUGGAUAUCCCCUAAAUUGCUUGAUCGAUUACAAUAUCUUUGUAUCGAAGACUCAUGCGUGUUACAACGUCUGAGUGAUCAUUUCAGGGGUAGUGAAGGAAAUAAAUGGAAAAUUGAAGGACUGUGCUUGAAAUACUUGCCAAAUCUAGAGGUGACAUGGGAAGAAAUCAAAAGUGCAAUUCCUGGGCUAAAGUAUGUUGAAGUAAGCCACUGCAACUCGCUGAAAUCGUUCUCGUGUUCUGUUAAGAAUAUAGAAUUUUGGAGAAAACCAGAGGAAGAAGAUGAUGAGAUGAACUAA